AUGUAUUGCAAAUAUAUAAAUGAAUGCACACUAAGUAACGGCUGUUGUAGUGACAUUUGCAUUAACAGCAACGGCUCCUACCACUGCAAAUGUAACGAGUUUGGUUUCUUGCUAGGAGACGACGGUCACACUUGUCAAGAUAUAGAUGAAUGCGCUGUCAACAACGGCGGUUGUAGUGACAUUUGCAGUAAUACCAUCGGCUCCUACUAUUGUGAAUGUAUCGACGAGGCUAAUUUUAUGCUUGGUUGUGAUGGUCACACCUGUCAUGCCUUUGAUCCAUGUCAAAUCAACACGGAACUUACGGUGGGUUUUGAGAGGAGCACAAAUAAUACGAACUUCACCGCAGACCCUAACUGUGACUCUACACUGUCGAAGACUUGGUAUAAGAUAGGUCACUCCGCCAUUUUUCAUCUACCUACCUUCUGUCCUGGGUCACCGGCUUGUGGGACCACUGGACCUGUUUGGGUGAAUACAAAUGUAAAUGAAUGUGCUUUCAAUAACGGCGGUUGUAGUGACAUUUGUAUUAACACCAACGGCUCCUGCCACUGUUUUGCUCCUGGAUGUGACGAUCAUAUCUGUCAAAAUUCCUCAAGCCUUUCCUCUUCGACAGACAGUCCAACUUUAUCAGACUACAUAUAUUUUUCAAGUGAAACAACGUCAAAUCCAUAUCAGACAAGCAGCUUGAUUCCUUCAGAGUCGACAUUUGAGAGCAUUUUAGCAUCUUACUCCUUGACAAGCAGCUCUAUCCCAUCCUAUUGGACGACUACUAGCAUUUACGUAGCAGACUCCUUGGCAAGCAGUGUGAUUCCAUCAUUUUCGAUGUCUACAAGUAAUUCAGCAUUAUACUCCUCUUUGGCAAGCACUGUGGGUACAUCAUAUUCAGUGUCUGCAAGCAGCCGGACUUCAUAUAACACCUUAGGCAGCAGCUCUAUGCCAACAGAUUUAGUUUCUACACAAAAUUCAGCAUCAUACACCUUUUCGAAGAGUUAUGAAGAGUCAUGGUCAAGCAGCUUAAUGCAAACAUCAUCUGUGUCUGAGGGUAGUUCAGCAUCAAACUACUUGUCAAGCAGCUCAAUUCCAACAUCAUUCAUGUCUGUGAGGAGCUCAGCAUCACACCGUGUCUCAUCAAGUAGGUUCUUUCCAACAACAGCAAUGUCUGAGAGUAGUUCAGCAUCACACAUCUUCUUGUCGAGCAGCUUUAUUUCAACAUCAACUUUACCUGAGAGCAGUACGGCAUCAUACUACUUGUCAAGCAGCUCAAUUCCAACAUCAUUAGUGUCUGCAAGGAGUUCGACAUCAUACUACUUGUCAAGCAGCUCUGUUCUAACAUCAUUAGGAUCUGCAAGCAGUUCGGCAUCAUACUACUUGUCAAGCAGCUCUUUUCCAACAUCAUCGGUAUCUGCAAGCAGUUCAGCAUCUUACUACUUGUCAAGCAGCUCAAUUCCAGCAUCAUCGGUAUCUGCAAGCAGUUCAGCAUCAUACUACUUGUCAAGUAGCUCAACACCAACAUCACUGGUAUCUGCAAGCAGUUCUGCAUCAUACUACUUGUCAAGCAGCUCAUUUCCAACACCAACGGUAUCUGCAAGUAGUUCAGCAUCAUACAACUUGUCAAGCAGCUCAGUACCAACAUCAACAGUGUCUACAAGCAGUUCAGCAUCAUACUACUUGUCAAGCAGCUUAGUGUCAAUAUCUUCAAUGUCUGUGAGCAGAUCAGCAUCAUACUACAUGUUAAGCAGCUCAUUUUCAACAUCACCAGUGUCUGCAAGGAGUUCAGGAUCACACCUUGACUCAUCAAGUAGCUUUUUUCCAGCAACAGCAAUUUCUGACAGUAGUUCAGCAUCACAUUUCUUCUUCUCAAGCAACUUUAUUCCAACAUCAACUUUACUUGAGAGUACGUCAGGAUCUUACUACUCCUUGUCCAGGAGCUCAACACUAACAUCGACUGUGGUUGAGAGUAGUUUAGUAUCACACUUCUCUUUGAUAAGCAGCUCAUUUCCAACAUCUUCAGUGACUGCAAGCACCUCGGCAUCAUACUACUUGUCAAGUAGCUCAUUUCCAACAUCAUCGGUAUCUGCAAGCAGUUCAACAUCAUACUACUUGUCAAGCAGCUCAAUUCCAAAAUCAUCGGCAUCUGCAAGCAGUUCAACAUCAUACUCCUUGUCAAGCAGCUCAAUUCCAACAUCAACUGUGCCUGCGAGCAGUUUGGCAUUAUACUACAUGUUAAGCAGCUCAGUUUCAACAUCACCAGUGUCUGCGAGGAGUUCAGGAUCACACCUUGACUCAUCAAGUAGCUUUUUUCCAACAACAGCAAUGUCUGACAGUAUUUCAGCAUCACAUUUCUUCUUCUCAAGCAACUUUAUUCCAACAUCAACUUUACUUGAGAGUACGUCAGGAUCUUACUACUCCUUAUCAGGGAGCUCAACACCAACAUCAACUGUGGUUGAGAGUAGUUUAGUAUCACACUUCUCUUUGAUAAGCAGCUCAUUUACAACAUCUUCAGUGACUGCAAGCACCUCGGCAUCAUACUACUUGUCAAGUAGCUCAUUUCCAACAUCAUCAGUAUCUGCAAUCAGUUCAGCAUCACACUACUUGUCAAGUAGCUCAUUUCCAACAACAUCGGUAUCUGCAAGCAGUUCAGCAUCAUACUACUGGUCAAGUAGCUCAACACCAAGAUCAUCUGUAUCUGUGAGCAGUUCACCAUCAUACUACUUGUCAAGUAGCUCAACACCAACAUCAUCGAUUCCAACAUUAUACUCCUCCUUGGCAAGCAGCUCAACACCAACAUCAUCAAUAUCUGCAAGCAUUUCAGCAUCAUACUACUUGUCAAGUAGCUCAACAGAAACGUCAUUGGUAUCUGCAAGCAGUUCGGGAUCAUUCUACUUGUCAAGCAGUUCAUUUCCAACAUUAUCGGUAUUUGCAAGCAGUUCAGCAUCAUACUACUUGUUCAGUAUCUCAACACAAACCUCAACAGUAUCUGCAGACAGUUCACCAUCACACUUCUCCAUGUCAAGCAGCUCAGUUCCAACAUCAUCGGUAUCUGCAAGCAGUUCAGUAUCAUACUACUUGUCAAGUAGCUCAACACCAACAUCAUCUGUAUCUGCAAUCAGCUCAUUUCCAACAACAUCGGUAUCUGCAAGUAGUUCAGCAUCAUACUACUGGUCAAGUAGCUCAACACCAACAUCAUUGGUAUUUGCAAGCAGUUUGGCAUCAUACUACUUGUCAAGUAGCUCAACAUCAACAUCAUUGGUAUCUGCAAGCAGUUCGGGAUCAUAUUACUUGUCAAGUAGCUCAACACCAACAUCAUUGGUAUCUGCAAUCAGUUCAGCAUCAUACUACUUGUCAAGUAGCUCAAUUCCAACAUCAUUGGUAUCUGCAAUCAGUUCAGCAUCAUACUACUUGUCAAGUAGCUCAACACCAACAUCACUGGAAUCUGCAAGCAGUUCGGUAUCAUACUACUUGUCAAGUAGCUCAACACCAACAUCAUCUGUGUCUGUGAGCAGUUCAUCAUCAUACUACUUGUCAAGCAGCUCAUUUCCAACAUCAUCCGUACCUGCAAUCAGUUCAGCAUCAUACAACUUGUCAAGAAGCUCAUUUCCAACAACAUCGGUAUCUGCAAGCAGCUCACCAUCAUACUACUGGUCAAGUAGCUCAACACCAACAUCAUUGGUAUUUGCAAGCAGUUCGGCAUCAUACUACUUGUCAAGUAGCUCAACACCAACAUCAUUGGUAUCUGCAAGCAGUUCACCAUCAUACUACUUGUCAAGUGGUUCAACACCAACAUCAUCGAUGUCUGUGAGCAGUUCACCAUCAUACUACUUGUCAAGUAGUUUAUUUCCAACAUCAUCGGUAUCUGCAAGCAGUUCAGCAUCAUACUACUUGUCAAGUAGCUCAACACCAACAUCAUCUGUAUCUGUGAGCAGUUCACCAUCAUACUACUUGUCAAGUGGUUCAACACCAACAUCAUCGAUGUCUGUGAGCAGUUCACCAUCAUACUACUUGUCAAGUAGUUUAUUUCCAACAUCAUCGGUAUCUGCAAUUAGUUCAGCAUCAAACUACUUGUCAAGUAGCUCAACACCAACAUCAUUGGUAUCUGCAAGCAGUUCGGCCUCAUACUACCUGUCAGGUAGCUUAACACAAACUUCAUCUGUGUCUGUGAGCAGUUCAGCGUUAUACUUCUUGUCAAGUAGCUUAACAACAACAUCAUCUGUGUCGGUGAGCAGUUCAGCAUCAUACUACAUGUCAAGUAGCUCAACACCUACAUUAUCUGUGUCAGUGAGCAGUUCAGAAUCAUACUACUUGUCAAGUAGCUCAACACCAACAUCAUUGGUAUCUGGAAGCAGUUCGGCAUCAUACUACUUGUCAAGCGGCUCAAUUCCAACAACAUUGAUGUCUGUGAGGAGUUUAUCAUCAUAUUACUACUUGUCAAGCGGCUCAGUUUCAACAUCAUCAGAGUCUGUGAGUAGCCCACCAUUAUACUCCUCCUUGUCAAGCAGCUCAAUUCCAACAUCAUUGAUGUCUGCGAUUAGUACAGUAUCAAACCUUGACUCAUCAAGUAGUUUUACUGCAACAACAGCAAUGUCUGAGAUUAGUUCAGCAUCACACUUCUUGUCCAGCAGCUUCACUCCAACAUUAACUUUACCUGAUAGUAGUUCAGCAUCUUACUAUACCUUGUCAAGCAGCUCAACACAAACAUCAGCAGUGGCUGAGGGUAGUACAGUAUCACGCCACACUCUGUUCAGCAGCUCAAUCCCAUCAUCAACUUUGCCUGAGAGUAGUUCAUCAUCAAACUCCUUGUCAAGCAGCUCAGUCUCAACAUCAUUGAUGUUUGUGAGGAGUUUAGCAUCACACGUAGACUUGUUAAGUGGCUUUAUUCCAUCAUCGAUUUUGCCUGAGAGUAGUUCAGCAUCUUACUACUCCUUGUCAAGCAGCUCAUUUCAAACAACAUCAGGGGAUGAAAAUAGUUUAACAGCACACCAGGACUUGUCAAAGAGCCCGGUUUCAACAUUAGCUAAAUCUGAGAGCAGUUCAGCAUCACUAUUCUCCCUGUCAACAAAAUCAAUUCAAGCAUCCUCUGUGUCUGAGAGUAGUACAGCAUCACAUUACACUUUGUUGAGCAGCUCAAUUCAAUCAUCGACUUUGCCUGAGAGUAGUUCACCAUCAAACUUCUUGUCGAGCAGCUCAAUUCAAACAUCAACAGUGUCUGCAAGCAGUUCAGCAUCAUACUACUCCGUGUCAAGCAGCUCAAUACCAACGUCAACAGUGUCUGAAUAUAGUUUAGUUUUACACUUUUCCUUGUCAAGCAGCUUUAUUCCAACACCAACGGUGUCUGAGAGUAUUUUACCAUCACACUACUCCUUGUCCGACAGCUCUGCUCCAUCAUAUUCGGCUUUUUUGAGUAGUUCAUCAUUAACCCAACCCCUGACAGGCAGUUCCUUUGCAACCUUAAUAUCCUCUGAGAACAACUCCCCAUCAGCUUUGACCCUAGAAAGCAGUUGGAUUCCAUCAUAUUCAGAGUCUGGGAGUAUUUUAACGCCAUGCUUGCCAAGCAUUUUGAUUACAUAUAUGCCAUCUGCAAGUGAAAGUGCACCGUUCUUUGUGGAAAGCAGCUCAACUCCAGCAUCUGCAAGUGAUGAAACAACAUCUUGCUAUUUGGCAAGCAGUUUAACUGAUAUCAAUCUGACGUCAUCAUAUUCAUCCUCAGCCUCGGAAUCAUAUUCUGGAAAUUUCACAUCAAUGCUUGAAAGCUCUGCCAUGGUUUCGGUGUUAUCAAACUUAUCAAUAAACAUCGUAUCAGAGUCUACUAGUCCAUUUUCCAGUUCCUCAUCCAUGGUUGAGAUGACUACUGCGACAAUUGAAACUACCACAUCGCCAGGGAACCAAUGGUGGAACGGCACACGGCUGUACCCCUUUGGUCGAAAUGCUGGGGACAGAACUACACAUAACUGGAGCCGGAUGAGCUGGUCUAGGUAUUACAGAUCGCUGUGGUGGACCUAUGAUUCUUUCUGCAUCAGGGUUAAAUUACUCAGGGCAGGGUUUCCAUUCUUCAAGGGGCGACAUUACAUUGUGCAUGCCUUUGCCGUGGUUGGUCGUAAGCUAACGGUAUGGAAAUAUUUCGGCUGGUGUUUGAUAAUUUUCAUUAAUGAUCCAACUACGAAGCCAAUGAACACUUUUGCUCAGAUCUGCAACAAUGGUGUCCUGCAGUUCACCCAUGAUCGAAAAUUGAAGUGGCCAUGGGCGUUCGGCACUCGUCGGUGGCUGGAUCACGCUGCACAGAUUGCACCAUUUUGGGGACGUAGUGACGCCACUUUAUUUUCACGAUUGGAUGUGAAUAGGAACAAGACGCUGGUAUUUUAUCAAGUGUACGAAGUGAAUGACGGGAAGGCUGCAACAGAAGCCAUCAUUGCCCGAGCUGCCUAUGAUGCUAAACAUUACACCCAAAUUCAUAACCAAGCCCUUGCAGAAUUCACCCCAACCUGGGUAAUGGUGGUUACGUGGACCAACCUUCCGCCUUACGUCAGCGCCUGCGCCUUGCGGUACUAUUCCUAUGGAUUUCGGUACCGGUAUUAUUACCGGUAUUAUAGGAAUAACCGCUGCAGCGAAUCUCGUCUACAGCAUAUUCCAGUGAAUAACUUCCAAGCCGUCCUGAUGACUGACGGCCAGUUCUCCUUCGUCAAGUUCAUAUAUCAAGACAUAAACUGGUUUUACGAAGCCUACUCCAAGGCUGUCUUCGAAAAAUAUGUCCCCUCAUACAAACGGAAAGGAAUACCAGUGGCGGGAUACAGCGCGGGGGACGGAAGUGAUGACCGCCCGAAUACCUACUACAAUAUACCAGCUUCCGGGAAAAGUAUCAUGGCGGAUUUGGACACGGAUGUGGGAAAUACUGGUGAGGUAGGUACCUGGAUGUUUCGCCUGGAGGAAAACAGUGGUCAGGGACCUGCUGCUCUGCAAUGCUAUCAGUGGACGAAGAAAGAGUUUGCUUAUUACCCCAGGAAUUUCAGUGAGUUUAAUUUGGACCCGUGCCCAUGCAACUGGUGGCAGGUUACGCGGGACUCACGAUUUAGUUACAUGUGGAAAAGUCGUGAAUAUAAUUCUGGCAGAAUGUGCUACCGAUCUUCUUCCCUGCGCACAUAUUUAAGGCGGAGUUGUUGUUACUCAAGAUGGAGGAGUUCACCUGACUGGGGUUCUCUCUUGGUUGGUAGCCCACAUGGAGGUCACAUAGAGAACGUUACCAGACCAGAUUCGGAGGAAUUCGGGUAUCAGAAAUGCUGCGUAGAGAGCACCUUUAUGUGCCAACAUUUCUACAAUCUUUUACCAUCCAACGACUGCGAGGGAUACAUUCCUCCACGACGGCGAAACAUUGGCGGGGACCCUCAUCUCGUUACUUUGGACGGUCUGAACUACACCUUUAACGGUCUGGGAGAGUUUACAUUACUGGAACUCGAUAGCGGAGAGAUGCAAGUACAGGUCCGGACGAGAAAGGUGUCAGGCACAUGGUAA